CUAUAGAGUUUCUUACUAGUCCUUCCAUCUUCAUCCCGAUCUUUCAUGCAAAAGCAACAGUCGAAAUCCCAAUAUAACAAAAAUAGUUAUUGAGAUACCAUUCUUUAAUUUUGUAUUACAUAUAUUCAUCAUCAUCAUGCUCGGUCCUUUGAAUAUCAAUCUCUCCGAAUAUGGGGUUUCAACAAAAAAUGGAUUUCUCCCAAAUAUUAAUCCUCUUCCACGAUUGAUUGAAUAUUCCCAAUGGGAAGAUCUAGUCGAUGAAAUUCCAUUUUUAAUCAAAGAAGGAUUAUUCAGACAAAAUGCAGAUGCAUUACCGAUAUUAGAUACUUCGAAUUUACAAGAGGAAGAUGAAUGGCGAAGAGCCUACCAUUUAUUAUCUUUCAUGACCCAUUCAUAUAUCUGGGGUGGAAAACUUCCAUCAGAGGUAAAUCCACAUCCCAAAUCAAAACAUUUCUAUGCUAAUUGACCCAGAUAUUACCGCCUCAAAUAUCCAAACCCUUCCUAGUCGUAUCAUCUCAUUUAGGUCUCCCACCAACCGCCACAUAUGCCGCCCUUAACCUUUGGAACUUCACCAGUACAUCUCCCACACAAGAUCUAACCGAUCUAGACCAUUUAUUCUGUCAACAUACCUUCACCAAUACACCCGAUGAAUCCUGGUUUUAUCUCGUAUCCGUGGCUAUCGAAGCUCGAGGCGCGGAAGUCAUUCCUCUUAUGAUUAAAGCAAUGAAUGCUAUUCGAGCAGACGAGCCAUCCAUCUUAAUAUCAUGUUUAGAAAAGUUUUCGACCUGUAUACAUGAUUGUGGUAUUCUUCUUCAACGGAUGUAUGAGCGAUGCGAUCCAGAGGUCUUCUAUCACGUCAUUCGACCAUUUUUAGCAGGGAGCAAAAAUAUGGCUGCGGCUGGAUUACCUAGAGGUGUGUUUUAUGAUGAGGGAGAGGGGAAGGGUGAAUGGAGACAGUAUAGUGGAGGAAGUAAUGCUCAGAGUAGUUUGAUACAAUUCUGGGAUGCAGUAUUGGGUGUUAAACAUGUACCUACUCGGACUAUGGGGAAAUCACAAAGUGAAGUUGUGCCACCGAAGAAAGGUGGUCAUGGUUACCUAGAUGUAUGUUCUUACUCUCAUCUUCAUCUCCCUUUCACACCACAUCAUCAAUCCCACUAACAUCAUCACCCCAGGAAAUGCGCAAUUACAUGCCCGGAACCCACCGUUCCUUCCUCCAAUACAUCGCCACCAACUCUCCCAUCCACACCUACAUCCACGAAACCGCCUGUUCAACCGAAGCAAGUCAAGCCUACAACCAAGCCGUAGAAACCCUAACCAGUUUCCGCGACAUCCACAUACAAAUCGUUACUCGAUAUAUAAUUAUGCCAUCACGAAAAGCCAUGGCUCAAGGUACGGAAAAGGAAAAUGCGGGGUUGAAUUUGGCGGUUGCGACGACGAGGAAGGGAGGGAAGGAUUUUAGGGGAACGGGGGGGACACAGUUGAUUCCGUUUUUGAAACAGAGUCGAGAUGAGACGAGGGAGAUGGUUGUGGAUGUUGUGGGGAGUCCGUAGAUAUUGGUGGUGGAGGUUGAGGGGAGGAUGGAAAUAUGGAGAUUAUGUUGUA